AUGGAAUCCGAAGUCAUCCGAAGGAAUGAUAGUUUUUAUUCACAUUACGGACAGUGUCGUAUAUUGAAUGAACAAAGAUCUAAAAAAAUCUUCACAGCCAUACGCUGUUCUGAUGACCGCUACGUAGCCUUGAAAGUGGAAGAAAUUUCCAAUAGGGAAAUUGAAGCAGCAAGCCAGCAUAAGAAAAGAAAAAAGAAUAAUUUAAAACACGAGCAUGCUGUUUACAGAAGUCUUCAUGGAAGAGGAGUACCACACGUUCAUUGGUUUGGAAUAGUUAAUAGAUACAAAGCAAUGGUUAUGGAUCUUACUGGUCCUUCACUGGAAGAGCUUUUUAUCUAUUGCAAGCGACGAUUUAGUUUGAAAACAGUUCUAAUGCUUGCUGAUCAAAUGUUGGAUCGAAUACAGACUGUCCAUGAUGCGGAUUAUUCAGAUGCUUUUGUGAUGGGUAUCGAAGAGAACUUCUCUAAAGUUUACUUAAUAAAUAUGAAGUUGGCAUCAAAAUAUAUUAAGAUCUCUGAUGGAUAUCGCAAACAUAUUCCGUAUAAGGAAGAUAUAGACUUUUUUGGUUCACCUUGCUUUGCAUCUCUUAACAGACAUUUGGGCACAAUUGCAUCUAGACGGGAUGAUCUAGAAUCUUAUGUAUAUAUACUUUUAUAUUUUCUUAAAGGGAAUUUACCUUGGCAGAUGUAUGAUGAACUUGAAAAGAUUCUGGAAAUCAAGAUAUCGAUUUCAACAGAGAUUCUUUGUCAUGGAUUACCUACUCAAUUCGCAACCGUACUCAAUUAUUGUCGCACUCUAAGAUUUGACGAUAAACCUGAUUAUUUGUUUAUUCGACAUCUCUUUCGUGAUUUAUUCAAAUCCUUGGCCUAUAAAGAAGAUUGGAAUUUUGAUUGGAUGUCGCGUUACUACGCAAAGAGGCACUAG